AUGAACGCAGAAGUGGUCCAACAUAUUAUCAAGAACAACAAACGUCAAGUCAACAACCUCAGCUCAGGCAAUCCUUCGGAGUUUGACUCUUUCUGGGAAUUGUUUGAAGAGCUGGUACACAAGCAACCGCAUUCACACAUAAAGAAGUUUUCAAUUCUGCAUGCAGUUGCGCUGCAAAAGGGGACGCGGCAGGACCUUUCAAAAAUGAUACAAAAUAUAGGAGCAGGACUUCUCUUUCAAAGUCAACUGUAG